AUGGGCCCUACCCACCGCUCCGUCUCCCAUCUCUGGGAUAUGGCGCUCAACAAGCUCUUCCCCAAGAGGGCCUCACGCAAUCACAACAACAGCAGCCUGCAGCCGCGCGAGACCUUCUUCUCCUUCGACUCCUACACAUCCGCAAACACCACCAGAAGCGAGCACGCAGAUGGCUUCUACAUGUACUCGCAGGACCUCCUCGAUGAGGAAGCGAGACGACGCGACGAGCAGCUGCGGACUUCAGACAGCACCGACAUUUCCUACACUUCUGCACUCAUGUCUGUCGAACGCCCCGCGCUUCCCUAUACUGUUAGCUCACCGGACUGGAACAUCUACUCUGACAGCGUCCGAUGUCUCGACCAUGGGCCUGAGGAGGACGUUGUCGAGUGGCUUGACAGUGUCCUGUCGGUCUUCUCGCGCGUCUACGCCGUCGCCAAGAUCGUGGUCAUCAUUCUGAUGCACUAUGGCAUUGAGGUGGGAGAUUGCCCUGACAGCAUCCUAGCUCAUCUCUGCCGUGCCGAGGACGUCGCAACCUCCCAGUCGGUCGUCAAUCUCGUGGACGCCGUCGAGAACCUGUACUACGCCUGCUACGCGCGACUGAUGCUGGAGAUCGCCAACGUCGAGCUGUGUGCCACCUCCGAUCUGGACGUGAAGCAUCUCUCCAACAAGUCAUCCGCAAGCUUCCGCCUCCCCGAGCCGAACCACCUGCUGAAGAUAUACCUGUGCUGUCGGGAGAUCCUGGAUGCGCCCAGCAUCUGCCACGAGAUCAACACGGCGCUUGUCCACCAGUACCAGGACGCGUACAUCCAUCAAGCCCUGGACCGCAUCACCGCCGAGGGCGGGUUCAUCCUGGACGACCUCCUCGGCUACCGGGCCUGCGUGAUGGGCGUGCUGACCGACCGAUCGUCGCUCUUCCACCAGCACUGGGACUCCGAGCCACUGUACACCAUGCCGCCGGCCGAGCUGCUGACCGAGCUGUCGGAGAAAUACCUCGCCUUCCUGCCUAAGGCGCCCGUGGUCGACCCGGUGCCGGGGACGGAGCUCCCCUGGAUGUCGUCCAACGGUGUCGACUCGGAACGCUGGGAGCGCCAAACCAUCCGGGCCCACCGACAGGCGACGCUGGCGAAGCUAGAGCACCGGGCGAUCGGCGACGUGCGCCGCGACGACGGUCGUCGUCGGCUGCGCGACUACCUGAGCGAGCGGCAGUGCGUGUGUCGGGCAACGUGCACUUGCGCGUCGACCUGUACUGCGGACCCCGAACGGCCCUGUCCGUGUGCGGAACGAAUGCUACGCAUUGCGACGGCCAGACACGGAGGUUCGCGUCGCCGGUCCCUGGGGGCGCGCAGCACCAGUCUCGCCAAGGCGAUUUUCGAAGGGUUGGCGGCAAUGCGACGCGAUGUGGACGAGUUUGCGAUCGCAGUCGAGCUGGAGCGAGGGAUGGGGUUGAUUGGGGAGGAGCUGGCGACGGAGGGCCAUGGUGCCCUCCGCGGCGACGCCUCUGACCGUGUCUCUCCGGCGAUUCGCAGCCUCAACCGUCUCGACAUCGCGAUCCUACUCGGUCUGGCCCUCACCGGAUACGCCCUCUGCGCCAAACGACCGUCGCGCCCCUUCCCCCCACCGUUCGUGUCUCCGCCGUCGUCAUCCUUCUCCGAUCCGCUCACUACCCACUAUCAAAGUCAGGAUAAGAGAUUAUCCGUUCGGGGCGAACUCGUCCGCGGGUUGAAUAACGGUGAUGAUGCCGUCCUGGUGGCGGACCGUUUUCUGGCCGUGAACGAUGGCGUGGGGGCUUGGGCCACGAAGCCCAGGGGGCAUGCUGCUCUCUGGUCUCGGUUACUCCUGCACUACUGGGCACUGGAGGUCGAACGCGCCCUCGACAACACCACCGACCGUGAAGAACCCGAUCCCAUCGAAUAUCUCCAACGCGCCUACGAGGAGACCACCCGCGCCACCUCCUCCCCCAGCGAAUGGUACGGCACCACCACCUCCGUGACCGCGCUCCUACACUGUACGCAGGACGCCACGGGGACGCCGCGGCCGCGACUGUACGUGACCAACCUGGGCGACUGCAAGGUGCUCGUGGUGCGACCGCGCGACGAGACGGUGCUGUUCCGCACGGAGGAGCAGUGGCACUGGUUCGACUGUCCCAUGCAGCUAGGCACCAACAGCGUCGACACGCCGCGCAAGGACGCGGUGCUGUCGACCAUCGAUCUUGAAGAGGGCGACGUCGUGCUCGCCGUGUCCGACGGCGUACUGGACAACCUGUGGGAGCACGAGGUGCUCACCAUCACGCUGGACAGUCUGCGCAAGUGGGAGGAGGGCCGGUACGACCAAAGCGAGCUGGAGUGGACGCCGUCGGCGGUGCCGGACGAGGGGCGGAUGGUGUUUGUGGCGCGGGAGCUGCUGAACGCCGCGCUGGCCGUGGCGCAGGAUCCAUUCGCAGAGAGUCCGUAUAUGGAGAAGGCGAUUGAGGAGGGGCUAGCGAUUGAGGGGGGUAAAAUGGACGAUAUCAGUGUGGUGAUUGGGGCCUGCCGACGGAGAGAAGGUUGA